GAACAUAAAGUUAAAAUAUUAACAAAAGAAAAUGAAAAUGCUAAAGUUGAAAUUACAACAAUGCAAGCAACAAUUGCUAAUUUAACAGAACAGGUUGAUACAUAUUUGGGUGCUCAACAAAUGGUUGAUAUAUUAACAAAUAAAAAUCUUUCACUUGAAGAUCAAGUACGAGAAUUACAAGAAACUGUUGAUAAUCUUAAAGAUCGACAAAUUGAACAAUUACAACAUGUUAUCAGUGAUCAUGAACGAACAAUAUUAAAAUUUCGUGAAACAGUUAAAAAUAU